AUACAUUUAUUAUUUAAUAAUAGUGGUGGAUAACGCUGCAAUAUCGUUGAUUAUUUGUUCGAUUAUAUUGGUCCGUCACGCAAUCUCGCAAUUUGCAGUUUCACAUUGAAUAAUAAUAAAUAAUAAUUUAAUUUUGAUAUCGAGUAUUGAGUGAGCUGUAAGUUUUUGCGUAAAUCAAACGAAGGUUCAGUACUUUCAUUUAAUUGUUUUGCUCUAUUAAUACAUUGUUACUAUGAAUCCAUCUGUUUGAAGGGCAGUCAGUAAGCUAUCUCAAAAUGGGUAUGAGUAAGAGGACAGCGCUGCUUUCAGCAGUCAUAGUGACAUUUGGUCUUGGUACAAUGUAUUUAGGAUUGAAUAUGAAAACUCCACGCCCUCCAAAAGAUCCUCAUAGUUGGGACAUUCUUAUAUUCACACAAACAUGGCCAAACACAUUAUGUUAUUCGUGGAAAAGUCAAAAUGCUGCACACACAUGUAACUUACCAUCUGACAAGAAUAUUUGGACAGUUCAUGGCAUAUGGCCUACAAAAUAUGGCACUGAAGGCCCACAAUUUUGUAACAAAUCUUUGGUGUUUAAUCCUACUUCUAUUUAUGGUAUAAAAGAUAAAUUAAAUCAAUAUUGGCCAGAUAUAGAACUUUCACCUAGUAAUACUACGGAAGGAAAUUCUUCAACCAUAAUGACAUCACACAAAAAACAAAGUAUUUGGUUUCAUGAAUGGGAGAAACAUGGUACAUGUGCUGUAGUACUGCCGGCCUUGGACUCAGAAUUUAAAUACUUCUUUCAAGGCAUUGAAUGGUCUGAAAAGUACAAUAUGAGGGACGUUUUAGAAAAAAGUAAUAUCAAAAUAAAUAGUACAUUAAAUGUAGCUGAUUAUUGGAAAGCUGUGAAGUCGGUUUUGAAUACAAAUGCAUGGAUCGAUUGUGUAACUAAACAUGAUACAAAAGAACAAAUGUUGGCUGAAAUUAGAAUAUGUUUUGAUAAAACUUUAAAACAAAUUGAUUGUGAUGGAAUUAUGAAACCUCGACGGGGGUCAACAAAGAAGUCUCAUUUAUUAACUAAUUGUGACAUGAAGAAACCUAUUUUGUACUUGGACUAUGUUCCAGAACAGAAUAUUUCUACUAAUGCUAAUUCUACAGACUCCAAUUCUACUUCUACUGAUUCUAAUCUUACAAACUUAAAUUCUACUGUUGAUGAGCAUUCAAAGCUGUUAUACAGGUUAAAACGAAAAGUAUUUGAUCACUCAAAUGAGUGGAUAACUAAAAGUCCUCGUCACUUUAACAGAUCACAAUCAUAUCAGCCUCGCACAAAUACUUCAUAUAAUCAUAAUUUAAAUCGAUCAAAUUCAUUCCCUUAUAUACAACGCAAAGAAUGGGAUGUAUUAGUAUUUUCUCAAUCAUGGCCAUAUACUUUUUGUCAUACCUGGACUGUUAAUUCAGAUACUCACAUAUGCAAUUUACCAGCCAAUCGUAAUCAGUGGACAAUACAUGGAAUUUGGCCAUCUAAGAUUGGAAGCUUUGGUCCAGCUUAUUGUAACAACCAAACAGCAUUUAGUAUAAAUUCAUUAGAUACCAUUAUUCCAGAAUUACACAAUCGUUGGACAGAAAUUAAAGCGUCAAAGGCAUGGUCAAAGAAACGAGAAGGCGAUCUGUGGAAACACGAAUGGAUAAAACAUGGAACUUGUGCUAAAUCACUGUCAGCUUUAGAUUCAGAAUUUAAAUAUUUUAAACAAGGGUUAGAUUGGUCCAAGCAAUAUGUACUAACCGAUAUAUUGGAACAGGGAGGCAUUAAGCCUAAUGGCAGUUAUCCAGUUAAUCAAAUUUGGCAUACCUUAAGAACUGGAUUGGGUAAAAACCCACAUAUCGAUUGUUUUUACGAAAGUGGUACCAACAUACCUUAUAUUGAUGAAGUGCGUUUAUGUUUUGACAAAACAUUGUCAUUGGUUGAUUGUGAUCCUUUUAGAAGAAACAGUAAUAAACCAUCUACAAAUUGUCCUUUUAAUAAAAAUAUAAAUUACUUGGGAGCUGUAUUUUAAUCUUCUUGGAAUAUCUUAUAGUUAAAUUGUAAAAUUAUUAUCUGUGUGGUAUGCUAAGAUCAGAAAGUUUUGAAUACAAUAAACCGAAUAGGAGAUAUGGAUAUAAUGCAA